CACUACUGAGUUAAGGUAGCUACAGUAAUGUCAGUGUCUGCAGGUGGCGAAGCCAUAAAACUUCGCAGGGUCAAGCUUUUAAAUGCACAUGUGGCUGGGUGUAGGGGAGAAGUGAUAACGUUCCUUUGAUUUUGAAUCCAAUGAGGGCACUCGGGAUCUCCGGCUGGAGAUGCGGAGAAUAAUUUGACAUAGAUUCCUCUGCAUAGUGGAGGCACUAUCACAGACCACGUGAGGGGAAUAUUCAACGACGGUCCCCGGCAGACCGGCUCAUCUCUGCUGGCACUCCUCUGCUGCUGACAUGGACUCUUGGACACUGUAUUCUCUCAGCUUCCCACAAACGGACGCGGAGAGAGGGCGAUACUCUGUCUGAAUGUAACAUUUUGAUCUUUUUCUGUUGUUCUGUUCUUUUUGUGUUAGAUUUUUUCUUCUUCUCCUUUUUCUCUCCUCCGCAAGUCAAACAGUUAGAGGAGGUAUGGCUUGGCCGUGCAUCAGCAGAGUGUGCUGCCUGGCUCGCUUCUGGAACCAGCUCGACAAAUCGGACCUGUCCGUCCCGCUCACCAUCCAGAACUACUCGGACAUAGCCGAGCAGGAGGUGCGCUCCGUCACCAAACAGGUCUCCGCUUCGGAGCGCGCACCCGGGAAUAACUAUUCGACCCCGGACCCGCGUGCCGGCGGCUCCCCUCAGGGAGGAGGAUCUUUCAGGGCACGGAAGGAGCCCAGUUACAAGCCCCGGGAGGACUACCACCCGCCCGGAGUGCCUUUCCCCAAUGUUACCCAGUACAAGCAGGAUUUCAAACCCUGGCCCAUUCCCAGGAAGGAGAACUUCCCUUGGAUUAGUAACGGGGGCAGCAGGGCAGACAGUGUUUCGGACAGCCCGGUGAACAGUUACCACAGCCAGGCACAGCCGGGGGAGAGAGAAGAGAGGAGCAGGGCACAGAGGUGGGGGGAGCAGCAGGGGAUGGAGGAGAGAAAAACCAGCUCAUACAGGCAAGAGUACAGGCCGUGGACGGGGGCGAGACCAGCCAAAAGCGCGAGGAGAAAUCUUCCAACUCAAUACUCCAGCCCAGGGACAGAGGCCAACCAGGUCCCGCGUGAGACCAGCUACCAGGCUGCCUACAAUGGGGAGGGCCAAAGGUCCAUAGGGCUGCAUCAGGGGGAGCACAUCAUCCCGUCUGCCAGCACCAAUAUACAACCUGUUGCUGUCCCCCAGCCCAUCCCCACUUCCCUGCAGGCUGGCAGCUCACACAGUGUCCCGCCUGAGAGGGCCGAAUUAAGUGGAACAACCAAGGGAGAGGAACUGGUGAGGACCAAGCUCUCUCCGAACCCUUCUGCUGUCUUUCAAAGUGGAUCGAGGGUUUUCAACAUCUGACUCCAAUUUCCAGCCAUUCCGCUUUGAUCGGUUUUUGAGGGAUCAACAGGGCAAUGAUUUCAGUCCAUUCCACAACACAAGAAUCUAUGCAAGGGAAUGUAUUGUUGUGAAGCCGGUGGAGCUGCGGCGUCAGUAUCCCAAGUGGAGAAAGAUAGAUAGACAGACGCCCCUCCCUUUUACACUCCUUCCUUCCCCUGUUGCUAUGGAAACAAAUAUGCAUGUAACAAAAUAGUUUUAAAGCAAGCUUUUUUUGUUUCUUCGUUGUUGCAGUUACAGAUGCACAAGGAACUGGCUGCUCUGCGUGUUUGUGUGUGUGUGAGUUUGUGUGUGCACCUGCUGAUUUGUCCUAUUAUUGUACAUAGUGUUGAGUCUGCUCCAAUAAUGAAUGACUUGGUCGGUCGUUAUGUGUGUAUGCUAUGUUGCCCCUUGAUGUUGCUAGAAAUGCCUGAAAAUAAGUUAUUUAUUUCCUCAAUAUUCAGUUAGUUUGCUAUUUUGAGAAAGUAUUGUUCGGUCUAUUAUUUUGUAAAUCUAUUGUUAAAGAAAAAGAGCAAAUAUAUGAUGUAAUUGAGAUUACAAUAAAAGAAUUAGGUUCUUAACACUUUC